UUGUGUGAGGCGGUCGGAAUGGGUGGGCUGGGUGGUGCGGGCGCGGUGUUGGCGGCAGAGGUCUUCGCCCCACUACUACUUCUCUGUUGGCUUUGCUGCUGGCCUGAUGAUGCCUCAGAUACAAGUUCUGGCAAAUACCCCGCGAAACCAGCCAUUACCAAUGGAUCAUCAGGCUCUCGCCGAUUAAGCGAACUGUUUAGUCGGAGGUGCGGUAGCAGUGCGAUCUCUUUACAUUUACCUAGCACUUCUGGAACCACAAAGCAGUCGCUAUCGGCUCAUAGGAGUCAUGAAGAAAUCCACGGCCGUCACCGCUCACAGUUAAAUAUAAGCGAAGAAGACAGCCGCUACCACUCUGCCCCCAGCGUCAUUCACGAAGUAUUGCACCGCAGAGACUGGGAGCGCUCUACCAAGGAACUUUACAUUCCUCUCAGACCAGAGAAAGUGACCUUAUCCCCCAGCUCUCCUACUGGUUCAUACAUGUCUCUGGAUAGCCUCGAGCAAUGUGAAGAAACAGACCGACGAGUCUCAAAACCUUGCAAGAAACAUUUUACUAAUAUUAAAUGCUCAAAAAAAAAGGAAACCGACGACGAUAUCAAGGAUGAUGAUGCGACUGAAACAUCUUGCUUCUAUAUUGGCGACAAUGGUGCCGGGCCCAGUGUUUCAAAGAGGCCAGAAAGGCUUGAUAAAAUGAAUAUCAAUGAAGAUAACAAUGAGGCAGUCGGGCCAGCGGAUAAUGAUACUAAACUAUAUAAGCAUAAAGAAACUAAGCAAAGUUUAAAUGAAUGCAUUAAAAGUAAAGAUAGAAUGAGAUUGGUACCAGUAGAAGAGUUAAUCGUGUCUAGGUUUGAGGUCGCGAGUCCUGAAAGCGCGGCUCUAGAUAGGUCAGGGGCGCAGCACCACGGGGCAAAUUCGGGAGCUGAACUUUUCAACGCUCGUUUAAUACCACCGCCAUCUGUCGAACCGUUAGGCUACGCAUCUGACACGUCGUACCUGGAGGAGGAAGCAUGGGGUGCCGCGCCGAGCUCGGGACUGGCUUGGUCACCUCCCGCUGAAGGCUUCAUACGUGGCCGCCAUGCUAGUGCCGGUGAUGUGUUAGCACCCACACACCGCCCGCAGUCAGGAGCACUCUCAGAAAGUGAUAUAGACUUUGAGCUGGAGGCGUGUGACGAGUUGCCGCCUCCAUACCACGAGGUGCAUCUGCUCAAACACAGAAAUGAAACAGCAAUAUAAUUUACAUAGUUCAGUGUCCAUGAAUAUUUGGCUUAAUGUAAUUUAUGUAUCACGAAAGCUUUGUAAAAACUUAAUUACUAGUACCCUAAACAAAACUGAACUUAAAAUGUCAAUCAAUUAAAGUAUUUUUAUAGUAUAGCGCAUUGAGUGGCCUCUAUUUUAAAACUAAACGAGCAAUUAUUUAGGUUACAUUAACAGUGUAUCCAAGUUCAAUUAAUUAAUUGUUAUCGAUCAUGUGAAUAAAGUAUUUUAAUUCAAUCUUGUUUGUCUAUUAUACGACGAAGUAUCGUAGUUGACGAAACUAAUAUAUAUAAGGAGAUGUAUUAAAUAAAACAAGUGCGGUUCUAACGAGUGUUUCAAUAGGUACCUACUACUCAUGUGCAGUCAUCAAAUAUUAAUCUUAGGAAGGUGUCGCUUCAGUUUUCCCUGUGGGUAUCCAAUCAAGCGCUUGCCUGGGGUUAUCAUUGGAAUAUCUUUGGAGUGUGUGACCUAUGCAGUUCCACUUGCGUCGUUUGCGCGGGCUCUAAAGUUUUCAUUUGUAGUUAAUUCAUUUAUCAGAGAUUUUCGGUACGAAUAAAAGAUUUUUCAUUAAUCAUUAUUUACAAAUGACCGCGAAUGCUACAAAUGAUGAAAUUAAUAUCGGCUCGUAUGAUCUAACGACACGUUUACAAGCGUCUGAAUGUGAUAAAUUAUUAAUGUCGGUAAAACUUUUACAAUGUCACAAGUAAUUUUACAGUGUACUACAUAUAGUCCGCAACUUUACGAUUUCCAUGUCAAUCUACAGUAAUUUAAAUUUGUCCUUGGUACAUAUAUAAUAUCACGGAAUAGGUUUUAUGCUUUAUUCGAAAUGAUAAAUACUAUGUUUAAUAUUUUAUAGUAUUAAAAUAUAACAAUAAAAGUAAAUUUUA